UGACAUUUGGCAAGCUAUAUUUGAGUAGAAGCAUAAUGGUAAAAAAAUUAGCUAACUACACAGACUAAGUGUCGGAAAAGGUAUUUUUAAAUUGAUUGUGCCAUAAAAGCAGUAAUGGAAAUCUGUGUUGGAUCUUUCGUCCGGGAAGAUCAUGUCAGCAACCCUGACAGUGUGCAAGCAAGUGUACGAACGCCAUGAUUCAAUAUUGACAUUACCAUUUAUCAGUUAUAUGAUCUGAUUUGAAGAGAGAAGUCUUCUUAACCUGGUGCCUACGUGACACACUACUAACAUCAGCAAGUCUAUGAGAUUACACCGAUGAGGAGCACCAGAGAGCAAACAGAUCUAUAGCAGGUGAGCAGAUAAAUCAUGCGCACCGGAAAUCUGUUGCCCAACGGGUUCCCUGGCUGCUCUGUUGCGUGUCUAUAGCUGCUCCAAAAAAAGAGGCCCUAAUUGUUUGCCUCCUGAACGUUGUGCUCUGAGGACUUAUCAUAUCUGUUUGACCAGUCACUCGAUUCGUCACUUGGCUUGAUAACGACUGCGCCGAACACCCCCCGCCAUCGGUAUGAGAGAACACAUGUGGUUGCAAUGGGCCACAGUACGAAAAACGGGAAGCGCAAAAAACAAUCGCACCGUAAUGUUAGUAUAGCUUGACAGGCUCUACCGGACGCAACUAAUCUCGUGCAGAGUUGCUCUGCUAGCGUGCGUUUUCAAAGAGCGGGUCCAAGAAAAAAAAACCCACAGAAUCUCCCAAGCUCCAGAGAUAUAAGUGUGUCACUUGAAGUUUGUUAGUUCGUCAUACAUACUUUAGACCAAAGAUGGGCUGUACGGAAUGGGUUGAAAUGAACCAGAAGAACAAACCGCAAAGCAACGCCAUAGGCGCAGGAAUAUUAACAUUACUAGCCACUGGCAUGUACCAUGCCGGAAUUCUAUACGAUCCGGGAUACAAACAUCACGAAUGGACCUACGAUCGUUCGGACUCCGCCAUCCUGGUGACGCUGAUACUCUUCCAUAUUGCAGCAAUUCUAGGGUCCAUUACAGGAUGGUUUUUAAUCGAGCGUUACACCAAGAAACAGAUCAAUUUUGUGAUCAUGUCGUUUGUGAUAAUUGGCUGCACGGUAAGCAUAGCACUGCCCCACAAUCUAAUAGGUGUCGCGUUUGCCCGUGGUCUAAUGGGAAUCGCACACGGUAUGGCGUAUCUGGUGGUGCUCGUACACGGAGGCGAAAUACUGAUCAAGGAGCUGCGUGGCGUUAUUAUGGCGUCGGUCAAUUUUUGCAUCAUUUCCGGUGUGCUGAUUGGCGGUGCUAUCAACACGGUUGAUAUGGAAAGACUGGCACCGUAUCAGUUUUUGGGAAUUCUAGGACUAACCUAUAUGCUGAUAGCAUUCUUCCUAAACCUAAUCGUUUGCUAUGAAUCUCCCGUGUUUCUGCUGCAACGCAAUCUUCAAUCCGAUGCCACUCUUAGCAUGAUGAAGCUAAGGAACGAAUCCACCGAGACGUGGGAAAUUCGGAAUGAAAUGACCGAACUCAAAACGAUGCUAUCGGAAGAUGCGUCAACGUCGCGAUCGAUCUUCCGUGAUGGAAAUCUACGCCCGCUAGUGCUUAUCGCACUCGGGAAGAUUGCAUCCGUGCUCUCGUUUAACUACACCGUCAACAACAUCAAGGUGAACGUCAUCGAACAAGUGCUGGAUAUUGAUGACUCCAGUGCGCGUCUUUCGAUUGUUAUAGUUACGUCGAUCAGAAUGAUAGUGGGAAUGUGUGCCAUGUUUCUGGUCGAUGUGCUCGGUCGGCGAGCACUGCAGCUGGUGUCCACCGUAUCUACCGGUGUGAUACUGGUAGCGAUGGGUAUCGCCUACAUAGCAACCGAUUCCAUCACACCCGACGUCGGUAUGGCCAUUUUCCUGGCCUGUGAAGUAGGUGCUUCGCUCGGGCUCACCUUCAUCCCGGACGUACUCUGCUCCGAGGCAUUCAACACGAAGAAGAAAGCGGCCGCGAUAGUGGCGGUACAGGUACUGGAGAAUGUACUUCAUGUAGCUGUGUUUGCGAUCGUCUACCAGUGGGACUUUGUUGGGUAUGAUCGGUAUGGUGGAACGCUGCUGGCUGCUGGGUUACCGAUGUUGGUCAUCGCGUACAUGCUGUACCGAAAGCUACCGGAAACGUCAAAGAUGUCGAUCCGGCAGGCACGGAUUGAGUUUUACAAGAGGGAAGGUAUUGUGUUCGGGGGGAGCAAAAAUUCGGUUGAAGUACUGUAUGACUAAAGCUGUCAGUUGUGGAUUAAAAUAGAAUAAAACGAAAACUAUUUAUGAAGUAAA